AUUUUCUAAAGUGAGGAUUUCGUAUGGAUUUUUUAAUUUAUUUCACAGGUCCACAUUCAACAUUAUCGUAUCUAAUGUUGAAACAGCACCUGGAAACACCAAAUCCAAAUUCACCAAAUCUGUCCGUCUGUUCGUCAGGUCAGCCUCGUCCAAUACACAACGAAGGAUAGAAAGCAGCUAUGAGUUUUCUAGCGGGAAGAUUAGCAGGAAAAGAAGGAGCCUUCUUUUUCCAGGAAUCCAAACAUGCCGUUAACCGCCUCGCAGAGAAAUCCGCCACCACCGUCAAGAACCUCCCACCACCCUCCUCCUCCUCCGCAAUAGAGCACGAAUCCCAAGCCGAUGUGCUUCCCGAGGUCUUAAGACAUUCCUUUCCUUCCAAGAUCUUCGGCAAGCCGUACGAACCGUCUUCUCUGUCCACAUCAUCCAAGUGGGCCCUACCAUCUGAUCAUUCAAAUAGUAGUUCAACCGUGUCCCCUGAUGUUCUCAAUCCUCUCCGAGCUUAUGUUUCCCUCCCUCGGGUCACUUUUGGUCCCAAAAGAUGGGAAUUGCCGAGCGAGGAGCACUCGGUACUGGCGUCGACGGCGAAUGAAAUGCGAAAAGACAGAUAUACCACUAUUAAUCCCGAUAAAUUGAAGGCCGCAGCCGAGGGGCUUACUUAUAUUGGGAAGGCAUUUGCGGUUGCAACUGCAAUUGUGUUUGGGGGCGCCACUCUGGUAUUUUCUUUGGCAGCGUCCAAGCUAGACCUCCGUAAUGGUGAUGAUAUCCGAACUAAAGGGAAAGACCUGGUUCAGCCAAAACUUGAUGUCAUCAGAGAGCAAUUUGUGCCUUUAAAAACUUGGGCGGAAGAUACAUCGAAGAAAUGGCAUCUUGAUAGGCAGGAAGAUGUGAAAGAGAAACCUAUGGUCAAGGAGCUUGCUAAAAUUCUGGGCGCCAAAACUUCCAACUGAUUUCUGUGUAACGUUUUCGUUCAUGCAAAUAAUGUGGAACAGUGAUGAUGGUGGGUUUUCUUAAAUAAAAGAUACAAGGUGAAAAUGUUGUAUCAUCAAUCAAAUGUCAUUCAAGUUCUCGUGUGCAUUUUGCUGCAACAAUGCCGUGAGUAUUUAUCUGGAAAGUGUAUUAUCUAAAA